CGUCUGCGCCGCCGCGCCGCGCCAUGACGUCAUGACGCCCGCACCGCCUUCUCUGCUGUCGCUCGUGUUUCUCUUCAAUCCAGGCUAUCACUUUGGCCAUUUCUGAGGCUUCUCAUACACCAUGGCCUUGGGAGUAAGGUGCUUCCGCCUGCUGCACCCCACCUUUUGCAGUUACCUUGCUACUUUGACCAGACCUGUUUCAGAAAUUUCCAUGAAGCCUGUUCGUAAACGACAACAUGACAGGCAAUACUUAGCCUACCCAGUUGUGCCAGUUCGCCAGUUUGCAACCAAGAAAGCCAAAGCUAAAGGGAAAGGACAGCCCCAGGCCAGAGUGAAUAUUAACACAGCCUUGGUUAAGGAUAUAAUCAGCUUGGAAGAAGUGGGUGAAGAAAUGAGAUCUGUGAUGGAGGCCCUCAAGGAUAAUUUCAAUAAGACUCUCAACAUAAGGACUGCACCAGGAUCCCUUGAUCAUAUUACUGUGGUAACUGCUGAUGGGAAGCUUGCUCUAAAUCACAUUGGCCAGAUCUCCAUGAAGUCACCACAGUUGAUUUUGGUGAAUAUGUCCAGUUUCCCAGAGUGUACAGCUGCAGCUAUCAAGGCUAUAAGAGAAAGUGGAAUGAAUCUGAACCCAGAAGUGGAAGGGACACUAAUUCGGGUACCUAUUCCUAAAGUAACCAGGGAACACAGAGAAAUGCUGGUAAAACUAGCCAAACAGAAUACCAACAAGGCCAAAGAAAAUUUACGGAAGGUUCGCACUAAUGCAAUGAAUAAGCUGAAGAAAUCAAAGGACAAAACCUCAGAGGAUACCAUCAGGCUCAUAGAGAAACAGAUCAGCCAAAUGGCCGACGACACAGUUGCAGAGCUGGACAGGCAUUUGACAGCAAAGACCAAAGAACUCCUUGGAUGAAAGUCAGCAGUCACAUUUUCUGGUCAUCCCUUAGAUGACAAGCUGGUGCCUUCCACCCCCAUGUCCAUCCAUCACUGCUGCUCCACAGGAGGCUCAGGCUCACUGAAUCUAUUCCUGCUUCCUUGCAUAGCCCUGUUUGGCUCAGAAUCUUCUGGUGUGAUGGCCUCAGAGGAUAUCAAUUGUGCAGUGACUUUGACUCUGUCAUCACCACAAGACUGCCUCCUUUCCGACAGUGAAUCAGACCCUGCCCUUGUUUCUAACUCAUUUGGACUAAUGUGGGCCUUCAUGUGACUGCUCAUGAUCAAACCUAAAUAAAUUGGAAAAUUAA